AUUAACAAUAUAAACAAGUUUAUAGUUUUUGUUGAUAAUGAGUUCCUUCAAAAUAUGAAUAUCUGUCAUCUUUGAGAGUAUUAUUAAAACAAUUGAAAAAUAAUAUUUAUUUAUGUUUUGUUUUAUGUAGACAAAAUGAAGAUAGAGUCGAUUAUAAUUUGUUCAAUUUUCUUGAUUAACCUCAUGCAAUCAUCAUUUUGCAAAACAAUAAAACCACCGAAAAUAGCAAUUAUUGGUGCUGGAAUUGGUGGAGCUUCAGCUGCAUACUUUUUAAAUGAAUUAUUUGGAGAUGACGGUGCUAAUAUCCAUAUAUAUGAGAGGGAAGUUGUUGGAGGCCGGUUGGCGACUACAAACAUAAAUGGACGUUAUUUUGAAGUCGGUGGUUCGGUAAUUCAUCCCAGAAAUAAAUACUUAUCUCAGUUUAUGGAUUUAUUUGGUUUGAAAAAACGUUUUGAAAAAUCAUCGUCAACAUUUGCAUUAUAUGAUGGUGAAAAAUUUGUUUUUCAAAGUAGCAAAUAUUAUUUGAUAAAUGUAAUGAAAGUUCUUUGGCGAUAUGGAUUUGAAUUUAAGACACUUGAUUCUACUAUUGAUAGCAUUCUUAACGAAUUUGAUCGCAUAUACGAAUUGCAAAACAAUGGCGAAUCUUUUAAAACUGUGGAACAGCUAUUAAAUGCUAUGUCACCGUCUUUUGUGGAUGCAUUAACUAAUACUACAUACAAGGUUCUCAAAGAUCAACAUUUUUCUGAUCGCAUGAUCAAUGAAAUUGUUCGAGCUGCAUUAAGAGUCAAUUAUGGUCAAGAUAUAGAUGUUCAUUUCUUUGUUGGAAGUGUCUCGCUUGCUGGUACAGCCGAUGCAUUAUUUUCCAUUAAAGGUGGUAAUAAACAAGUUCCAGAAAAACUGCUACAACAUACACCAGUUGUAACCAUUCCAAGAGAGAUUCAAAGUAUAACAUUGAAUUUGAAUUCGAAAGCAGGUCGCUAUUUAUUGAACUUUACACGGAACGAACAUCAAGUCCACGAUAACGAACAUGGAGAAUUUUAUGAUAUUGUAAUUCUUGCUACGCCUAUGACACUAGAUAUAAAAAAUCGAAUUAAAUUUAUAAAUUUUCCAAAGCAGAUUCAAUUCUUGGGAAACUAUCAUCGUACUGUUUGUACUCUAGUUAAUGGUGAUCUAAAUUAUAAAUUUUUUAAUCUAGAUUCUAAAGUAACUGAUAUAUUAACUGUAAACGAUACAUUUUUUAAUUCGGUCAGUUCAAUUGUUGAUGUCAAUUAUUCGGGAGAAGAUAUUGAUAGUAAUGUUUGGAAAAUAUUUUCACCAAAUAUUUUAACAGAAGCUGAAAUUAAUAAACUAUUUAAAACUAUUAAAUCGAAGAAAAUUAUUGAUUGGAAGGCAUAUCCAGCGUAUGAUACAAUAAAACGAACAGAUAGUUUUAUAUUAGACGAUUAUAUGUUUCAUGUAAACGCAAUUGAAUGGGCUGCUAGUGCUAUGGAAAUGAGUGCGAUUGGAGCAAAAAAUGUUGCUAUAUUAGCAUAUGAAGUUUGGAACAAUAAAAAAGUAAUAUCUAAAUAUAAUCAAACUACCCAUAAGGAACAAAAAGUUGAACUUUGAAAGUAUAUUCCGGUGAUUAUAAUUUGGAACGUAAUUUAAUUCUAAGUGUUGAUUUUGUAUUAUAAAUAAAUUUUGUCAUUUUUUACUGAAA